AUGACAACAUGUUGCGCACAGUCUAAAACAACUUUUAAUUAAUUUGAUUUCAUCCAAAGAGUUUGCCGUUAGAACUUUCCAUGGCUCCGAAUAAAUCUAAAUAAAUCUAAACCGGUCGUUUUAGAUUCAUCCCAAAGUCCAAGUUUGUAGUAACUCUCGAGGAAAGCUCACAAAUUCUGAAUUAACGCCUGCUUUUUCUGACAACAUUAAAAUUUUUAAUGAGCGCUGAAGUUGAAUGUGAUCAAAAAGUUGAAAAUCAAUUCAUGCCAUGGGGUUUCCCUAAUGAAUUAGUUUUAUGUGAAUCAGCUCGUCAAGGUGAUAUUAAAGCAUUGAGUAAAUCUAUUGCCAAUGGAGUUGAUGUCAACUUUUUCGAUGGUUUUGGGAAAACAGCUUUACAUUAUGCAGCUGGAAAUGGAAGUUACGAAUCAGUGAAACUUCUUGUAGCCAAUAAAGCUAAUGUGAAUGCAUGUGAUUCAAAUGGAACAACACCAUUACAUUUAGCUGCAAAAGGAAAUCAUGUAAGAGUAGUGAAGUUUCUACUAAUGUCCGGAGGUAAUAUCAAUCGUGAAUGCCUUAGUGGUGUUAAACCUAUUGAUUUAGCUGUUUAUAAUUCAGAAACUUGGAAUGCUUUAUUGAAUGCUGCUAAUGGUGAUUUGCCUAAAGUUGAACAUCUUGUACAAACGCGUACAGUUCCACUUAUUCCACAGUUUGCUAUACAAAGAGAAAUUGAUAAACAAGCCAAAGCGAAUGAUAAGAAAAGUGCUAAGAAAAGUGGGAAAAGUAAAAGUGGAAAGAAAAGUGGUAAAGGCAAACAAAAGAAGAAGAAAAAGUGAAAUUGAGGAAUAUAUAUGUAUACAUAUAUAUUUCGUUAAUUUUAUAUUUGUUAACAAAACAAUAUUCGUUAUGUAAUCAUGUGAUAUGGAUAAAAACAUAGUAAUAUUACUGUUUCAUUUUACUUAAACGAUUUUAUUUCUUCUACUUUCAUCCAACAGAUCUAUUCAAAUUGUGUAAUUUUUAAACAAAAAAUGCUUAGUGCUUAUCUCAUUAAGUAACGAUCAGCUUAUAAGUUUAUUUACAUAUUUUGGUUUUCUAUCAUUUUCAAUGACUGUUUAUUGUACUCAUGUCAAAAUUUAUUCAUAAGUCAGAUAUAGCAUCUUUCAAGA